AUGUCAAAAGGUGUGUUGGAAGUGAUCAUUCUCGAAGGACGCAGUCUUAAGAAUUGUGAUUUUUUUGGUGAAAAUGAUGCAUAUGUUGAAAUUUACAUGGACAAAAAAUAUAAACAACGUACAAUAACAAUUAAAAAUACGAACAAUCCAGUAUGGAACGAACGAUUUACACUCAAUGUUCACAAGGGUGAUAACACAAUUCAUUUUGAUGUCUACGAUGCUGAUCUGAUUGGUAGAGACACAAUUGGUAAAGGUAAAGUUAGUUUGAAGCAUGUUUUCGAUGAUGGUGAAUUCGAUGAAUGGAUAAAAUUACCUACUCGCCUUGGACUGUCGUCUCGUGGUGAAAUUCAUGUCAAAAUGAGUUUCACGCCGAGUGAUUGA